CGAGAAUACGGCUCUCCACUGAAGCCUUACACACCAGUGGUGGUGACACUUUGGUACAGGGCUCCAGAGUUGCUGCUUGGCGCUAAGGAAUAUUCAACAGCGAUAGACAUGUGGUCAGUGGGGUGUAUAUUUGGAGAGCUGUUAACACAGAAACCGCUGUUUCCAGGGAAGUCAGAGAUUGACCAGAUUAACAAAGUUUUUAAGGACCUGGGUACUCCAAGUGAGAAAAUCUGGCCUGGUUACAACGAGCUGCCAGCAGUGAAGAAGAUGACGUUCACAGAGUAUCCCUACAACAACCUACGCAAGAGAUUCGGAGCGCUCCUCUCCGACCAGGGCUUUGAUCUGAUGAACAACUUCCUGACGUACUACCCAGCCAGAAGAAUUACGGCCGAAGACGGUUUGAAGCACGAGUACUUCCGAGAGACUCCUCUGCCCAUCGACCCCUCCAUGUUUCCCACCUGGCCAGCAAAGAGCGAGCAGCAGAGGGUGAAACGUGGCACCAGCCCCCGCCCGCCCGAGGGAGGCCUUGGCUACAGCCAGCUGGGCGAUGACGAUCUGAAGGACACGGGUUUUCAUCUGACCACCACCAACCAAGGAGCAUCUGCUGCGGGGCCUGGCUUCAGCCUCAAGUUCUGAACUCACCAUGAGAGAGUGGGGAGGUAAAAAAAAAAAGAAACCAAAAACAACCUGUUGAUGUGAGUCCUUGCUGAGUUCCCCAGUUCUGUUCUUCAUGUCAGGGAGACGAUGUUUUUCACAGAGCAGAAGUCAGAUGUCAUCUCAGAGUCACAGGCUCUUGCUGGGUGUGGAGCACAGCUGCUGCGUUCCAUGAGGACUGGAAUCCACCUGGAAAGCCAAGGAGCGUUACAAAAUUUGACCAAGGAAAACUCAAAAAGUACAAUCCUG